ACACUACGAACUCGACCACAAUACAAAUCAGUUUUUGGUGGUGCGAGCACACGGAAGGUCCGACAAACGGAUUUAAAAAAAAAACUCGAUAUGGCGGUGUUCUUAAAGUGAAUAAACAGAUAACUGCGAGUAACUAAAUUAACUUCUUGUGCACAAAAUAGAAAAUUUAUGAUUUUGUGUAAAGUUACAAAAAUAUCACAGCGUUGAAACGCGCCACUUAUAAAUCGCACCCACCCUAUGAUGGCCUCAACCCCACCCAUCCCCGUUGUCUUUGAAAACGGUACAGUGCUGGGAUCCAUGGGUCACGAGCGGUCUGCCUCGAGGUCUCUAGUGCCCGUUCCGAGUUCCGCAUUGCCGCUUGUUGUACCGGAAGUUGUGAUUAAUUCAACCCAGAACAUCAGCAGUCUCCACAGUCGCAGAGUCAGGCAUGACAUCUCUAAGGCGCACAGCCCUGGUAUCGUGGGACGAACCCUUAGCAAAGAGGAUGUAAACCUAGGCCAUGAAACUCAGCUGGAUACCCAACCCGAAAGACUCGAUGAAGAAUGUCAGUUCGAUCAGUUUAUUUUGAACCCCACUAUCUCAGAGAGUAGCGUUUGUGAGUCCAGCCCUUGCAGCGAACUACGGCCGUGUUCCCAGAUGCCGCCUGCGCCAGCUCAGACACUUGAGAUGUUGAACUCGAGCGUCAGUUCACGAUCAGACUCCGAGUGCAAGAGGAUCCGGAAGACUCUUGAGGCCAAAGCUAAGCGCACCUCUACUGCGCUCUCUGUGCACACAACCUCAGCUCCGACUGUCCCAAAUGGGUACCCACCCCAGUACACAGCCAUUUUCCUAGACCCCCACCAUCACCCCGACGGAACUGCGCUACUUGCCAAUGACCAUAUUCAAGGGCCAGGAGUUGCACCGCCAUUUGUAAACGGCAACUCAGUGAAUGGCACCGACUCCUCCAGAUACUUGCAUUAUCACCAGUACUGUCACUCGAGACCCAUAAUUGGCAGCUUGGGACUUGGACUGACGCACCAGCAUCAGCAUCUUUCUCCUCACCAUGAACGCAGGACGCUUUUGGACGUUGCUGUGCCUCUGCCCCGGAACAACGAAAUAAUUCCUUUAGCCUGCAAUAAUUUACCUGUAGUAUCGAGGUCCAGAUCAAAUGUAAAUGUAGGCUGCAGCUUACGAAAGUGGUUCUCUCGCCCAUCGCUGCCUUUCGUAAUCGGCAUUUUCGCUCUUGGCGGGGUAGCAUGCACCCUUGGAGGUAUUGUGUUAGGCAGCACGGGUCUUAUAGAGCACUCAACUCAAUAUUUAAGUGCGGCUCUCUUGAUGAUUGGAAUUGGUGUUUCAUUAUUGGUAAUCUCCGGAGCUAUUUGGCGACUCAGUUUGCCAGACGACGAUGAGUGUACCUGCUUCAGACGUAUGGAAAGCUGCCGCAAUUGCAAUAGUCCGCAAUGCAACAAUCGGGUAUUAUCUGGCAGUUACAUAUAUCCAGAAUUCCACCAUCGCCCGCCACCGCCAUCCUAUCUGACCUCGAUCAACGAAUACGCUUUCUUCUACCACCACACUCCGUGUUCAUCGACGGCAACAGCAGCCUAUGUAGGAAUAAAUACUCCACCUCCGAUGUAUCAUUCUACGUACUCCCUCAAUGCUUCAGCUCCCGUUAACCGUUCGGCAAGAUUCUCAUUGUCGCAGGCGAGCGAGUAUUCCACGGAUGAUCAACUCGCAGCCGUUGCCUCCAGGACGGCUGUCAGCCAAACAUCUUUUAAGGAGGAAUCUAUCGAGGCGAUACCGGAGGCUGAACUUUUUAUAAAGGGAAUAGAAGGGCAACCUCAAUAUAAAGAAGAUGAGCUCGAUUAGGCAGCAAAGCGAAGUUUUUGAAGACACAUCCCAACUAUUACACCAAUGAGAAGUCGCACGAGGCUUACAAUUGUACUCACACACAUUUUAUAGACUGAAUGGGUUAAAGUAGCGAUAAGUAGACUCGUAUUUUUUCGCCGACGCCGGGUGCCGAAGCAGAGCGCUAUUAGACUGAUAUUUUUUGCUCAAGUGGUCUGGGCGAUUUAACACUUCUUAGCUUUUGUUUGAAACCCACCAUUUGUCUUAUAAUAUAUGUUAACCAUAUUUUAAGUUAUUGACUGAUUUAAUAUUUAAAUAAAUGCAUAAAGAACCCUG